AUGAUUGAGCUCGGCCUCAGUCGGAUUUCCCGGCUGGUUCAGCAGACGUCUUUGUCGUGGAAGGCCAUCCAUAUAGCGGGAACAAAUGGCAAAGGCUCCAUCAGCGCGUAUUUGUCUCAUCUAUUGACUUCUGGGGGGGUCCGUUGCGGUCGCUUCACCUCCCCACACUUAGUCGACCGGUGGGAUUGCAUCACCAUCGGGGAGAGGGUGGUCCAAGAGUCUCUAUUUCGCCAGAUUGAGGCCGAAGUCAAAUUAAGGGACCAGACCCUGGGGAUUGGGGCAAGCGAGUUCGAGUUGCUGACGGCAACGGCCUUCGAGAUUUUCCAUCAUGAAAGGGUUGAGGUUGGGGUGGUCGAGGUAGGCAUGGGUGGUCGACUGGAUUCGACGAACAUCCUGAAAGAUGUUCUUGUGUCCGUUAUUGCCAAGAUAGGGUUGGACCAUCAAGCCUUGCUCGGUAAUACCAUCGAAGAAAUCACCCGGGAGAAGGCCGGAAUAUUGAAGAGCGGAGUUCCCUGCGUGGUUGAUGGAACUAAUUCCUCGGCCGUGACGACCACUCUUGAAGACCGUAUCAAAGAGCUUGGUAUCGAUGCGACCUAUACUCGUCCGGAAGCUCCGGACGAGCACUCACCUCCCCUCGCCCAACUCUUCUCAAAGCUUGACCUUUUACCACACCAGCAAGCGAACAUGUGCUGUGCCGUUUCGGCUCUGAAAUUUGCCAUGCCAAAAAUCCGUCCGGAUAUCGAGGUGGACUCACUUAUUCCACAGCUCUCGAAUGUUGAGUGGCCCGGACGUCUACAGAGUAUUAUCUUGCAGCCUCUGGCCACCCGUAAAGAGCCCGUUCUACUGGAUGGGGCGCAUAAUGUCCAGUCUGCUGAGGUUCUUGGACAAUAUGUCGACCGCAGGUUACGCCCACUGGGAAAGCCCAUUACUUGGUUAAUUGCAGUAUCCAGUGGAAAAGACGUCAACGAAAUAUUCCACCCUAUCAUCAAGGAAGGUGACCAUGUCGCAACAACUGCGUUUGGGCCAGUUGAUGGAAUGCCCUGGGUCAAAGCCGCUGAUCCGGAGGAGCUCGCCUCGUGUGUCAGAACCAUCUCCGGAGUUGGAGAAGUGAGGUCUUUUGGGACAGAAGUUGUAGAUGCCAUUGAUUGGGCCAGUGGAGAGGCUAACGGUGGUCCGCUGGUCAUUGCUGGCAGUCUUUAUCUUGUAUCGGACGUUCUUCGUCACUUGAGGGAAGCCCGAGACCCGUCAGGUAACGUGCAUUAG